CAAACAUCCACCCGCACUCAGUCCAUCAACCCACACUGCCACUUCGCCCUCCCUUCACAUCCGUCCAUCCAUCAGCUAUAUCCAACACUGCAUACCAAUACGAUAACGAUACCUCGCCGCCUACCAUGGCCACGGUCUCGAUCCUCAACGUGAGCGUGCGCAACAACCCCGCGCCCUUCAAUGCUCCAUACGAGUUCGAAAUCACCUUUGAGUGUCUCGAGCCGCUUCAAAAGGACCUCGAGUGGAAGCUCACUUACGUCGGCUCUGCUACAAGCUCCGAACACGACCAAGAGCUCGACAGCCUUCUCGUCGGCCCCAUUCCCGUUGGAGUCAACAAGUUCGUCUUCGAAGCCGAUGCACCCAAGACCGACCGCAUCCCAGGCACCGACAUCCUCGGCGUGACUGUCAUCCUGCUGAGCUGCUCCUAUGACGAACGCGAGUUUGUGCGCGUGGGCUACUAUGUGAACAAUGAGUACACCGACGCCUCGAUGAACGAGGAGCCACCCGCCAAGCCAGAGAUUGAGAAGAUUCGGCGCAAUAUCCUCGCCGACAAGCCUCGUGUCACGCGCUUCCAGAUCAAGUGGGACUCGGAAGAGAGCGCUCCGAGCGAGUUCCCCCCAGAACAGCCGGAUGUCGAUAACCAAGAAGAUGACGAGGCUGCAUAUGGCGCCGAGGAGGAACAAGAGGAGGAAGAGGAAGGCUCGGCUGCUGCUGGUGCUCUCGCUGAAGGUGGUGAGGCUCUCGCGACUGCCAAGGUACCUGGGGAGGAUGCAGAUAUGGAAGGCGUGGAAAACAGCAAAGACGACGACGAGGAGUCGAAUGCUGGUAGCGAAGUCGACUUGGAAGCGGAGAGUGAAGAUGAUGAGGAUGACGAGGAGGAGGCUGAGGAGGAAGCAGACGCAGAAGAUAUGGAAAUGGACGACGCUCCUCAAGAUGCUCAGAGCGGCAACAAGACUGCAGGCGUACAACAGUCGCACCACCAAGCAGAGAUGAUGGUGCACUAGGACGGCUUCCGGCCCAUGUCUGCUAUAGCCUAGGUGCUGUCUCCCCCACUGGACCCGCUGCGCAAAUUACUCGGACGACUUUAUAUGUAACAUUCUGACUCUUUUGGAUGAUCGAUUGGAGCGACUUUGCGUUGCAUGACGAUGAUGGAUAGAAAUGAAAGAUUCAUGAACACAUAAUACCC